UCGCGGCGGCCAAUCGGAUGUCGGACAUAAACUUUGUAAACAACACAGUUGCACGUUGUCACAAAAACACCCGAGUUGCGAAGUGCAGCGGUCGUCCGAGCGGCUGAGGGAGUCCCGGAGCCUGCUGGAGGCCCUCCCUCCCUCCCUCCCUCGGCGGUACACUGGGUGCCGUGCAGGAUUGCAGGAGGGAUGGAGAACGUGGAGGAACAUCUGUGGCUGCUGCUGCUGCUGCUGCGUUUUCUAGGAAUGGGUACUCUUGAGCACCAAGGUUGUCUGACCAAAGUGGAGGGGUCACAGAUGACACACCCGUCCUAGUGGCAGUGGUGGCAGCAACAGUGAAAUUCAGAUGCUCACAGUGAAGGAGUUAACAGCCCCUCCCUCCGGUGAACGGGCAUGGCUCUUGCACGCACCUGAUUCAGCAGGACCUCAACAAAUGGUUACUGCUUUGGCUUCAUGAGAACAUUUCUGCCCCUGAGACCUCCUGCCUAGAGCAAUGUGGAAGAAAGCCUUGGACACAGUGCAGAAUUGCAAGACUGCGCUCUCCUAGUAGCCAGAAGUUGCACAACUCAAUGCAAAGCACUGACAGAGCUGGUAUGCUGGAGCUCUCCAUCACCUUCAGCCUGCAGGACUCCCCCGGGAAUUAGGAGAAUGCUGGAGGAAGCCUUGACUUUUCUCCUGGGUGCUUCAACAAGGAGCUUGCACGAUGAUGAGUUCAGGAAAAUGACAAUUUGAUGACAUGAUGCCAAGGAGUUUUAAUCGAUAGGAAUGAAUGGUGUUACUGUUGCAGGACUUCUGCACAUCUCCUGUAGCAGAAAGUUAAUCGCGCUCGGAGAACAAGGAAAGGGGGCGAAGGCAGAGUGAUGGAGCUCCUGUGCGCGGAGGAUACCACCGUGAGAGCCCGUGUGGACCCGACCCUCGUCUACGAUGACAGGAUUUUACAGAACCUGUUGGGGAUCGAGGAGCGGUUUCUCCCGCAGAGCUCCUACUUCACGUGCUUCCAGAAGGACAUCCAGCCCUUCAUGAGGAGGAUGGUCGCCACUUGGAUGCUGGAGGUCUGUGAGGAGCAGAAGUGUGAAGAAGAAGUUUUCCCCUUGGCCAUGAACUACCUGGACAGGUUUUUAGCUGUGGUGCCGACCAGAAAGUGCAAUCUGCAGCUGCUGGGGGCAGUCUGCAUGUUUCUGGCCUCCAAACUGAAGGAGACAAGACCAUUGACAGCAGAAAAGCUGUGCAUCUACACAGACAACUCCAUCAAACCACAGGAUCUCCUGGACUGGGAGCUGGUGGUCCUUGGGAAAUUGAAAUGGAACAUGGCAGCAGUUACGCCGAACGACUUCAUAGAGCACAUCAUCCGGAAGCUUCCAGUGCCCAAGGACAAGGUGGCACUGGUCCGCAAGCAUGCACAGACCUUCAUUGCCCUUUGCGCCACAGAGUUCCGAUUUGCCAUGCGGCCCCCAUCCAUGAUCGCUACCGGAAGCGUCGGAGCGGCCAUCUGCGGACUCCAGCUGGAUGACGGAGAUCAGUCACUCUGCGGUGACAACCUGACAGAGCUCCUGGCCAAGAUCACCAACACGGAUGUGGACAUCCUGAAGGAGUGCCAGGAGCAGAUCGAGCAAGUGCUGGUGAUGAGCCUUCGGCAGGGGCAGCGCCAGCGGCAACAGGAGCAGCAGAGCAGGGCUCACGCAAAGGCCAUAGAGGAGCAGGACCAGUCCAGCACGCCCACAGAUGUGCGAGACAUCAACCUGUGAGCCUGCAGGGGGUCGCCACAGCAGAGCGACACGCAAUUCUGUCCAAACCCAGUAAAAAAAAAGACAAAAAAAAAAAACAAAAACAAGGGGAAAACAAAAACAAAGAACCCUAAGUGCUUGAUAGUUUUUGUAGAAAAGAUCUUUUUUUUAUUUUGUUUUCCAAACCUGCUCCCAUAUAUAUUCAAAAAUACAAGCUAUUUUAGAUUUUUUUAAAAAAUUCAAUUUUAACAAAAAAGCUCUAUGGUGCCUCAGAUAUACAGAAGGGAAACCUAUUGUAUUUUCAUAAUCGCUGUUUCUGAUUUUAUAUACAUAGUAAAAUUAUAUUUAAUAUAAAAAAAUAGUUUACGAGCUUUUAAGUAUUGUGAGCAAACCAUUUGAGGCUUGCAUAUGUGGGAUAAUGGUAGGGGCUAUGUGUUUUUUUCUUUUGUGUUUUGUUUUAUUUUUACUUUCGGGGGGAACAGAUUUUCACAGCGUCCCUUGAGGUGCUCCUUGCUGUGUCUGCCUGUGCGCGGUGGGUCGAAGCUUCUUCUGUAUCAUCACCUGAGCUGAGUGGAAGUGCAGGGGUUUGAUGCCCAAACGGGGAGGCCCAGCAGUGAGGGGAUUGGGACAGGAUGGGCCUGAGUAGGGAACAGACAGGUUCAAACCAAUGUCAAUGAUGCAGAAGCAAGUUAGGAUAGGCAAUAUAAAAGUUAUUAUUCUUAUUGAUUUAUUGUCAGUUGUUAAAAUGAGUUUUAAACAACUGCGUUGGUCACUGGAAGCUUCUGCUCAUAGUGGAGACUUCCUUAAGCUUUUUGUCUGUUGUCAGGAAAGUGCUGCAUUGCCGCAUCCACUCAAUGGUUGUGGUCUGUGUUUGUGUGUCUGUGUUUGUGUGUCUAUGCGUGUGUGUCUGUGUGUGUUGGGGGGGGCGAGUGUACACACCCAGAGAGCAAGGGUGGUCUGCGCAGGUGGAUUUCUCACGUUUGCCUCCGUAUGCUUCUAAAAUGCUGCCUGCUGUUCACACAGUUCUCUGCUUUCCUGCCGCCAGCUUGGCGAUAAAGGCAGAAGAGUUGGGAGGCAGCUGUCACUCCUCUGGGUGUUUGAAGUAGAAUGCGAGGGGUGAGAGGUGCUGGCAGCUGUUGCUGUGUCAAGAUCCUGUGCUUCCUUGCUAAGUUGCCCUACAAAGAUUGAUUUUUAUGUUAUACAGAUUUCAUAUGUUUAUUUUAUUUUGUUAUUGAGUCAUUUUAGGGGGGCGUGGUGGCGCAGUGGGUUUUG